CUACCAUCGCUGAAAAAUGUUGGCAAAACAAAAAGAUGAGAUCCGAAAUUUUGGCAAGCGCCUUUUUGGGCCUGGCGGUUAGGUCGAUUAUCUCGCUGUACUCCUACUCCGGCUUCGAUUCCCCGCCGAUGCAUGGCGACUACGAGGCCCAGCGGCACUGGCAAGAGAUCACGGUCAAUCUGGCAGUGGGCGAAUGGUACACAAACAGCUCCAACAACGAUCUUCAGUACUGGGGCCUGGAUUAUCCGCCUCUGACGGCCUACCACAGCUAUUUGGUGGGUCGCAUAGGUGCAUCCAUUGACCCCCGCUUCGUCGAGCUGCACAAGAGCAGGGGAUUCGAAUCGAAAGAGCACAAACGCUUCAUGCGCGCAACAGUUGUGUCUGCUGACGUGCUCAUCUAUUUGCCGGCAAUAUUGUUGCUGGCCUAUUCCCUAGAUAAAACCUUUCGAAGCGAUGAUAAAUUGUUUCUAUUCACGCUGGUGGCCGCGUAUCCCGGACAAACACUCAUCGACAAUGGACACUUUCAGUAUAAUAAUAUAUCACUGGGCUUCGCCGCGGUGGCAAUUGCCGCAAUCUUGCGAAGAAGAUUCUACGCGGCUGCAUUUUUAUUCACUUUAGCCCUUAACUAUAAGCAAAUGGAGCUGUAUCACAGCCUGCCAUUCUUUGCGUUUCUUCUGGGAGAAUGUGUUAGCCAAAAAAGCUUUGGUUCUUUUGUCGCUCAACUCUCGCGGAUAGCAGCUGUUGUCCUAACAACAUUUGCUAUUUUAUGGCUCCCCUGGUUGGGAUCUCUGCAGGCCGCACUUCAAGUACUCCAUCGCCUGUUUCCUGUCGCCCGAGGAGUUUUCGAGGACAAGGUGGCCAACGUCUGGUGUGCUGUCAACGUGGUUUGGAAACUAAAGAAGCAUAUCAGCAAUGAUCAAAUGGCCCUUGUGUGCAUUGCAUGCACGUUAAUUGCAUCUUUGCCAACCAAUGUAUUGCUCUUUCGAAGGCGAACUAAUGUCGGAUUUCUACUAGCGCUCUUCAACACGAGCCUGGCAUUCUUCUUGUUUUCAUUUCAAGUGCACGAGAAGACCAUUUUGCUGGCUGCUUUACCGGCGCUUUUCCUACUUAAGUGCUGGCCCAACGAAAUGAUUUUAUUUCUGGAAGUUACCGUGUUCAGCAUGUUGCCUCUUCUAGCAAGAGAUGAAUUGCUGGUGCCCGCCGUAGUGGCCACGGUGGCUUUUCAUUUGAUAUUCAAAUGUUUUGAUUCAAAGUCGAAGCUCAGCAACGAAUAUCUACUGAAGUACAUUGAACCUAUAUCGCACAUUCUGAUGAUCAGUAUUGUGGUUGCUUCUUUGACCGUUCCGGCACCUACAAAGUAUCCUGAUCUAUGGCCUCUUAUUAUUUCAGUUACCAGCUGUGGACACUUCUUGUUGUUCUUUCUGUGGGGAAAUGUUCAACAAUUUAGCAGCAAGUUAAGUUAGUUUCUAAGAUAAGCAUUCCAUUACAAUAUCUACAACAUAAGCCAAAGAAAUGUUUAUAAGCCCUUUA